ACAGUAAAUAUUUGUUUUAAUGAGAAGCUGUGAAUGAAUCUUUAUAAACGAAUCACUACUAGCAAACCAAUUGAUACCCCAACCAAAGUAACAUAGAUCACUAAAAUAAAUAGAGAGAAAAAAAGAGAAAUUCAGCUAAAAAACAAUACAAAUGGGAUACCCCUAUUACAGACAUACAGACCCAAAAAAUAAGCAGCACUUAUCUAUGAAUUAUAGCUGGAGAAGUAUAUGUGUAACCGUGUCAUUGACCCAUACCUUGUGUUUUGUCAAGACAAUAGUUUUUCCAAAUAUAUAAUUAGUAACUUAUCGAACUGAGGGACCGUAUACAACAUAAUAACAAGUAUUAUACAACGGCUGCGAGGCAAUGAACAAUCUGAAUCAAUAUGAGAAACACUAGACCAAUAUCAAAUAAGGAACUAUGAGUAGAUCUUAAAGUCUUAUCUGCUUCACAAAGGGAUAUUUAAUUUAAUGGUGGUAGUGAAACAACAGAAUAGUAGUAGCCUCGGGAAUAUUGGUUUAGUCGGUAAAAACAUAGCACAUUUGGAAAUAACUGUUUUAAGGAUUUCCUAUGAAAAGUAAAAGACACCUAUUGACAAAUAUAAUCUAAUUGACUCACACCUUUGAGUUGACCGAUAUGAUUCUAUGUUCAAGAAACGCCCAUUCACAACUUUUCAAAUAUAACGGCAAAGUCAAUAGACCGUUUGCAUGCGUUAUGUACAGGGUGUAUUCCGCCUUUCAUUGCGCUGUCCGCAAGUGUGUCUUAUCUAAGUUUAAAUUUCGAAAAGUCUACCCACCAAAAUACUUAAAAUAUUUUUCUUUUGAUAAGAGUUUUGUCAGACUAGUUCGAAGACUUCCACUGUGAAGAGGUUAGUGCAUUUGUGUUGAAUAAGUUUUGAGUAAAUGGCAAAAAAUCGCAGAUAUGAGCCCAGCGGCUCCGUUCGGUUAUUGGGUGUGCGACAUCUUCAAUGUUUCUUGCUCUUCCUUGGGACGUCGGUGGCGUUUGCAAUGCGCGUGAAUUUAUCAAUGGCGAUCGUAGCAAUGCUGGAUACAACUUCGACAACUCCUGGUAUACCUGUUUAUAAUUGGUCUGAAAAAACAAAAUCUGUUGUGUUAAGCAGUUUUUUCUGGGGUUACGUUGGCACACAAGUUCCUGGUGGUUACUUAGCUCGUAAAUUUGGAGGAAAAGCGAUGUUACUUUAUGGAGUACUUAUUUCUUCGGUGCUAACAAUAUUAACACCAGUGACAGCAAAAAUUGGCAACUGGCAGUUAUUGUGUGCUUCUAGGUUAUUGCAAGGACUCAGUCAAGGCGUAUUUUUUCCAUCCGUGCACACAAUAAUAUCCCAAUGGGCGCCAUUGGAGGAGCGUGGUUUACUUGGCACCUUCUCGUAUGUUGGUAGUCAAUUCGGUACUGUCGUCAUGUUAGCGACAAGCGGAAUUAUGAUAUCAUCUUCCUAUGGUUGGCCGAGUAUAUUUUAUAUAUCAGGGUUUGUAGGCCUUUUAUGGGUAGUUGUAUGGGUUAAGUGGGGUGCAAGCACACCAAGUGAUUUUAAAACAAUUUCAGCAUCCGAAAAGCAUCUCAUAGAAAGUUCUAUUGGACAUACAAAUGAUGAAACGGCGCAAAACAUGAAAAUACCUUGGAAACGUAUAUUUACCUCUGUACCAUUUUGGGUGCUCUUCUGUGUACACUGUGCGCAUAAUUGGGGUUUCUGGACAUUACUAAUCGAAAUUCCUUCAUAUUUAAAACACGUGCUUAACAUGAAUAUCAAAAGCAAUGCUUUACUGUCAGCAUUACCUUAUACAGUAAUGCUGAUAUUAGGUAUUGUAUUUGCUAUCAUUUCGACAGUGCUAAGUAAACGGAAGUGCAUACCUCUCACGCUAAGUCGAAAGAUUUUUAAUACAAUUGGUCAUUGGGUCCCAAUGGUAACGCUCAUUUGCCUUUGUUAUGUUGAACCUGGACAAACAACCUUGGCAAUUUUGCUCCUCACUAUAACGGUAGGCAUUAAUUCAGCUGUAACCUUAGGCUUUCAAAUAAAUCAUAUUGAUUUAUCUCCCAACUUCGCUGGAGUCUUGAUGGGUAUUACCAACUGUGCGGCAAAUAUAACAGGAAUUAUUGCACCUUUAGCAGUGGGCUUCAUUGUAACGGACGUGACAAGUGCGGAGCAGUGGAAUCAAGUAUUUUUCAUAGCAGCUGGCAUCUAUUUCGUUGGUAAUUUACUGUUCAUAUCGUUUGGUACAGCCAACGUACAACCAUGGAAUGAUCCUUUACCAAAGCCACAAGAAUUAAGUCUCAUUGAGCAAAAGCCAAGUAAUAUAAAUGGCUAACUGCUAGUAAACUGUGUAAGUCAAAUCGUCGUGACUAUGGGACUAUGUUGAAGAAAACUGUGAUAAUAUUUUUUUCACGGAGAAGACUGCUUAAGUGAAGUGAUAAAUAUAGAAUUUUUGU